CAUAAGCAGAUCCGAAAUAUGGCUUGCUAACUCUAGUUUCAGAAGUUCAUUUAAGCUCCCCGAGUACUUCCAUCCAAGCUUGUUUUUAAAAUGGUUCCCCGGGCAUAUGGCAAAAGAAAUCCCAAAUUCAAAGAUACACUCUGUGGAAGACCAAGUGUGUUAAUUUUAAGCAAGCUUGACUUGACUGAUAGCUCACAACAAAAGAUAAUCAAAAGAAGACUUGAAUCACAUGGAACAAGAGCUGUGUUUAUUGAUAGUAAAUCUCAGUCCAGUCAAACAAUCAAAAAGAUCAUUCCAUCUGUCAUGGAAGCCAUAAAAGAUGCUGAAUAUGAAGGCUCAUACACAAGAAAGGACCCUGAUGCACCAUACACAUUGCUGGUGUGUGGAUUGCCAAAUGUUGGAAAGUCUUCAUUAAUCAAUGCUAUGCGAAGAACUUAUAUGAAGAGAGGAAAAGCCACUAGAGUUGGAAAAAUUCCUGGUGUUACAACAUCAAUGCAAGAAAAAAUUCUGGUUGCCGAUGAACCAAAGAUAUAUGUUAUUGAUACCCCAGGUGUUGUGUCUCCAUAUGUACCCAAUGCUGAAGUAGGGAUGAAGUUGGCUUCAAUUGGUUGCUUCAAAGACCAUUUAGUUGGUGAGGACCUUAUAGCAGACUUCACUCUUUUUACUCUCAAUAAAAAUAGAAAUUUUAAGUACGUUGAACUAUAUGGCCUAGACAAUCCAUCAGACAACAUUGAUUUCGUUCUUCGCCAAGUAGCCAUCAGUCUUAGAAGUACCAUAUCAGGAGGAGUGCCCAACUACUUACAAGCUGCCAUCCACUUUACAUCAAAGUUCAGAUGUGGAGAACUUGGAAAAAUUGUAUUUGAUAAAUGUUCUUGAGCAUCCGUACAUGUAUAUUGAACAGUUUAACUAGCUGACCUCUUUUUCUUUCAGUCUUUUUACCAAUUGAAAAUGAUUUGUUUUAAUGCACAUAAAAGCAUGUAAAACAAAAAAGAACGGAAGGUAAAGAGGUUUAUUAUUUCAAUGAUUUAUGUACAUGUAUAUGUGUAUACAGCAAUUCUUACCAUGUAAAUUAUGAAAAUAUUCACUUUCCAUUUGUGUCAAAUAAUCUGGUAUGUCAGGCAUGUUUAAAAGUUUAGAAAUUUUAAUUAUCUUUAAGGACAAUUAUAGAGAUGCAGAAACAUGAUUACAUGCAGAAGCUGAAUAUCCCGGUAUAUCAAGAGAUUUGACAAUUGGAACAUUGUAAAUGUCUUUAUAGGUGGACAACCUUUUCAAGAUCAGAUGUAUAAGUACAAAAACUGAAAUGCUUACAUGAAUGUAGUUGAAGCCCAUAUAAAGGAUCAGAGACAUGGUUUGCAUCAUACAUCUAUUAACCAAAGCAAGCAAACUUGGGUUUUGUCCAACUAUUAAUAAGAAGUGCAGUGCCUCAUCAUUGAGAAUUGGAUAUUUCUAUUUUAAGUAUUAUAAUACUGUGUAAAACAAUUUCUAGCUACUAUUGCUAUGGAAAACUAAUUUAUUAGAAAGAAAUGUUAAAAAUUACGAUGUCGCCGCUGCUUAUAUCGAUAAGAUAUUUAAAUUCGGUGAAUUUUUGUAACAUGUAUAGUUUGCCUGGCCAACGACGAAACCACGACGCUUAUCAAAUAUGCAAAAAUAGAAAAAAGUCAAAGUAGUUCUUCAAUAAAUUAAGUUUUUAGUAACGAAA